AUGGCAACUGCUGUACUUUCACCUGUAAACGUUGCGAGUCGAACGUCUACGUCCAGUCAUUUCAUCAUGCCUUCCCAUCGCUCCCAAAAACCAUCACCCACCCCAGGGGCUUCUUCCUCCCGACCUACCGCGUCAAUAACGGUCCCUGCUACCCCAGAACCAGCGCCCAAGACUUUUCAUCGCAUUCGCUCGUCACUCGAACAGAGUCUUCGCACAGCAACGCGCUCAAAGAAAACAGCCCAACCUGUCGUGAGUGAUUACCUCACCAUAUCGACCGGCGCUGGGAAGGGUAAGGAACGGGCAACCGUGGAGGAUGUCAACAAGGACAACAAAGACAAAUCCUCCAGACCACUUUGGGGCUUCCGUAGGAGUGGUAGAAGCUCGAUAACACCUUCCCCUUCUCCAAUACCACCCACUCCAACUCCAGACUACCCUGACGAAUCUUUCAUGCCUUUCGUUUCCCCCACUCUCCGCCAAGGGUCUUUGUCGUCUCCUGCGCUACAUCUAUAUUCUCAGGCUUUGCCGUCACCCAAAUCUCAGCCCGCCAUUCCAGCUUCAUCUUCUUCGACAAGUGAUGCUCUCGUAUCACCGAACAGGACGCGAAGGCCCACCCUCCAACCAUUACAACGCAAUCUGAGCGACCUUCCACCCACUCCGGCCAGAGAACGUGUAUCACGUCACCGCGCUACCAAAUCUAACCCACUCAAUUCAAUAUCACCAGCUCCAAUACAAAUGAGAGUAGCAAGCUCACCACAAACUCCCCGUCGACCUGCUCGCGACACAACACCAAGCCCUCCUCCAACACCAACCCCUGCAUCUGGUUCACGUGGGCACGUGACCCGCUCGUCUUCGUCAGCCAGCGCCGCGCCUCGCGGGACUAGUCCGAUCAGGCCACGCUCACCGGGUCGCCGCGUCGUAACUCCACUGCGGAGUUUAUCCUCUGCCUCAACUUCCCAUCUCCCACUCUCUUCUUCUCCUGUUCCACCAUCACCUACUGGUAUACGCCGCCCAUCAAUCGAUUCACAACGUAGAGUUUCUAUAGACUCACCUCGAAGACCCUCAUUCCGUGAAGAAUCGCCUUCGCCAAUCCGGCCAAGAGAAAGGACCCCAUCUCAACAACGGUCCGGCUAUGCCACCCGGCAACUUAACGCCUCAACCACUUCCCUUUCCGGCCCGUCAAAUCCGGAACAUCGUGACCUCAUACGAAAGGCUACAUCAAUGCUGUGCAAAGAGAUUGUCAAACCUCCAGCACAUAUGGCUCGCACAGACUCUGGGCAGAAAGAUUGGGAAGAAGUAGAAGUCAGGAUGCGGGCGUUGGCUCGACUGGAGCGUAUAUGGGGGAAAAGCGGCACCGGUGGUAGCUCGAGCAAUCUUACCCUCGGUCAACCAACCGGAAUCAGUGUCGGCGGAGAGGAACGGGAGCGACGGUUGUUCACUGAAGCGUUGCGAGACGGCUUUGUGUUGUGCCAAUUGAUGAAUAAGCUUCGCUCUAGCUCAAUCGUCAGACCUGACAGUCGGGACGACGGAUUUGUCCGCACCUCAAACAUCACCAAGUUCCUUGCUGCCUGCUCAUCUUAUGGACUAUCUAACGAGGAUUUGUUUCAGCGUGAUGACCUCAUAGAAGCAUCAAGCGAAUCUCUUGCACGUGUUGCUCGGACCAUAAUUGCCUUGGUCCAAUAUGUCGAUGCGCCGAUUGUAAAUCGGUCCAAGUUUGUGUCAGGUCAAGCCAACAAGAAAAUCAGCACCCCAGCAACGCCAACCGGUCCUUAUGGUGGUCGAUCUGCUGCCGCGUCAACACCAAACUUGGCCUUAAAUGCUCACUCACCGUCGCCUACACCCCAUGCCCGCAAAAGAUGGAGUCCACCAUCCGACUUACCUAGUGUUCGGUCUGCGAGUCCGGGCGAAAGCUCAGGCACUGGCAGUACUAGUCAAACACCAACUGCGUCAACCAACCAGAAGGAGAAUAUGCAACACGAUCGAAACCCCGUCACCACCGAUCGUCCACUUACCCAAGAUAAAGAAACUCCCUUGUCACUGUCGCCACCUCCACGUUCCCCUCUUCGUCCCCAGCCUGCAAAAGUAGACGAUGGUCAAACCUUUCGUUCAUUGAGCCACACGGACCUUGGGCGAUCGGCUGUCAAUACCCCUGAAUUGGGCCUUCGGCAGUCCUUCGUUUCUACCUCCAGUGCCAUGACGGAGACGACGACUACCACCGUUAUGUCUAGCUUGCUGGAGGUCACUCGCAGUUCUUCCAACAAAUUCGGUACUAUCCGCACUGUCACCACCGACGCCACCUCCGAGUUUCCAAGCAUUACCAGGACAGAGGGGAGCUCUAUUGCUGACGACAUCUCUCGGAAACGCGGGGAAGCUAAACUCUAUAGUCGAGAGACUAAGCUCAGCGAGAGCUUCAUCGACCUAUCUCGGGUUGAGGAAAUGGACGAGGCCGGGACUGCUUCUAGGGGUUUGUCUCGGAAGUGGGAGCAGCAGCAACCGCCACCCGAAGUUCAGCGCAUCGACAGCAAGCCAGCUAUACGCCUUGGGAAGGGCAAGUGGCCUGAUGACUUUGUCGACGCUUUGCAACCACCACCCAAGUCACCCACAUCGUCAGAAUUUGGCUCCCCCUCAUCUUCUGGUAUCACGGGUCCCCGCAAAAUCGCCAUCGUUGGAGCAAACAAACGGAACGAAAGCGUCGAAUCCCUUCCCCAAUUCCCUAGGCGACCAUCUCAUCGGGCACGACACAGUAUUGAUGCGCCAAUCCUCCUUGCCAAAGAACGGCGUGAUUCAAGCCCUGAUGGUUUACCGGGUGGCAGUAGGGUCAUGGCUCGUCGCCACUCCUCCAAGCCGUCCCAACGUAGUGGGCUUGCACCAAGAAGCGCGUCACGUGAAGGCAGCGACAGUUUUGUUCCAUUUCCUCGAUCUGCUUCUGGCGAGCACUCUCCUGCAGGCUCUCCGCCUGAUCGCGCUACUUCACCUCUAGCAGACAAGCCUCGGCCAAGAGGAGCAAAACCGUCUAGGUCCCGCUUUGAGAGCAUGAUCAACUUGGGAGGGGCCUCUGGCAAUACCAGCGCCAGCGAUCUAUUGACUCGGGACUCGUUGGAUGGAAGCCUUGUUCGCAAGGCGCUGAUAGUCAGGGAGGAAGGAAAGCCACCUACACACUUUCAAUUGGGUAAUUGCAUUGGUCGCGGUCAAUUUGGCUCCGUUUAUCGUGCUCUUAACUUGAACACCGGCCAAAUGGUGGCUGUCAAACGCCUGCGACUGGAGGGUCUGAAGGAGGAAGAGGUAACCCAGCUGAUGCGGGAGGUUGAUCUCGUCAAACGGCUCUCUCAUCCUAGUAUUGUCAAGUAUGAAGGUAUGGCCAGAGACGAGGAUACGCUCAGCAUUGUUCUAGAAUAUGCCGAGAAUGGAUCGCUUGGCCAAACGCUUAAAGCUUUCGGGAAACUCAACGAGCGCCUUGUCGCCAGCUAUGUCGUCAAGAUCCUUGAAGGGUUACACUACCUCCAUUCAAGUGACGUUGUCCAUUGCGAUCUUAAAGCUGCGAACAUUCUAACGACCAAGAAUGGGAAUGUAAAGCUUUCCGACUUCGGCGUUUCCCUCAAUCUCCGAGCUAUGGAGCGAGAAAUCAAAGAUGUCGCCGGCACUCCCAAUUGGAUGGCUCCUGAGGUUAUUGAACUUAAGGGAGCUUCCCCCAAAUCCGAUAUCUGGUCCUUGGCGUGCACUGUUAUCGAGCUUCUGACGGGCCGUCCUCCUUAUGCUGAAAUUGCGAAUAGUUUAUCUGUCAUGUUCCGAAUUGUGGAGGACGAUAUGCCUCCGCUUCCCGAAGGCUGCUCAUCGUCGCUUGAAGACUUUUUGAAGCAAUGUUUCAACAAAGACCCAACGAAGCGACCAAGCGCGGAGCUGUUGUGCGAACAUGAAUGGCUCAAAAAGAACUGGGGCGCUCAUCACAAGGAGUUACGACCGCAAGAUAGCAUUCCUUUCCUCCGCCGUGUCAGCGCCGACCUGCAAAAGUCGGAUGCCGUUCGUUUCCUAGCGCAGCUCGAUCCGCCAGAUUCCCCGAUUGACGGUGGCGACCCUAUUAGCAGCUCUCCGCCUGGCCGUCGGGUCUCCUUUUCGUCGCGACCUCUUGAUACCGAAAUUUCUCCCCGUGACCAUUCAUUCGUGAAAACGACCUUUAGCAAACCGAUGGUCUGUCGAGUGUGUUUGCUCAAUGUCAAGAAGAGCGCUGUCUUGUGUGAGCAGUGCAGUUUGAUUGCCCAUUCCAAAUGCGCUAUCAAUGCCCCACCAACCUGUGACUUGCGAGCCCAACUCUUGCUAUAUGCUCAAUAUGCUGAGAAGGACAACCCGCGCAGCGUAUACUCAAACCCGUUGGACGUUGUUUCAGAACCACAUCCGAUGAGCCCCGCUUCGGAAGUUGCUUAUGUCCAACAUACUCCUCGCACCAGUUUGGAUGGAGCCGCUCCAUCACCAGCUUAUGGUGGAUUGAAUGCCAACCCCCCAACGGCGUUCAAGUUCAUCGCGGCAUUCAAACGGUCACGCUCCAACUUGUCGCCAGAACCCCCUGAGCAUGCCUCGUCAACAACAUCUAUUCCCCAACUUCCAGCCAAGGAUGUGACUGUGCAAAAGAAGCUACGGAAAGACCGUGAACGACCCCAGUCCGUCAAGAGCACGAGCACUUCGGCCAACACUUCGAGUAUGAGGAGUGCAGAAAGCGCAGCCAGUAGGAGUAACGCCAAGUCUAUGGACGAAGGUCGGACGGCCGAAAUGCAACGCAAACGGUCAAGACUCAACUCCAAGACUGGGACAUCAGAGGCCGAUGGCGUUAGUGUUCCUGGCGCGUUGCCCGUGGAAACAAAGCACAAGAAACGGUCAGAGUCGCGGUCUAACUGCAUUGUCCAGUAA